UGUUAUUUUAUCCAGGUGGCCUACGAGCAGGAAGACUACUACCACUCGGUGCAGUGGUUGGAGGAGUCGGUGCGUCUCUUCAGGGGAACAGGAGGCGAGUGGAGCCCUGAGAAUGAAGGAACUUUAGAGGACGCUCUGGACCACCUGGCCUUCUCUCACUUUAAAACAGGGAACGUCUCCUACGCUCUCAGUUUAUCUCAGGAAUUACUGCAUCAUGAUCCAAUGAAUGGAAGAGUUUUGCAGAACGUUGACAAAUACGAGAAGCUGCUGGUUAAGAGUCCAUCCAUAUCAAUGAGGGGCGAUGGGCUGAGGAGACCCAACUCCAGUCACUUAACUACCCGGGACACCUACGAGAGGCUCUGCCAGACACAAGGCUCUCAGAAAAUGCAGUUUAAAAACCCCAGACUAUUCUGCGACUACUUCACCAAUGGGAAUCCUAAGCUUUUACUGCUGCCAGUAAGACGUGAAGUGCUCAGCCUGAGGCCCUAUGUGGUCCUGUACCACAACUUCAUCACUGACACAGAGGUUGAGGACAUCAAGAGGGUUGCCCAGCCAGGGUUGAGACGAUCUGUGGUGGCAGCUGGAGAGAAACAAGCAACAGCAGAGUAUCGCAUCAGCAAGAGUGCAUGGCUGAAGGGCUCAGCACACUCCACUGUCGAGAAGAUGGAUCAGAGGAUCUCUAUGCUCACAGGUCUGAACGUGAAUCAUCCAUAUGGCGAGUACCUGCAAGUAGUGAAUUAUGGAAUUGGCGGCCAUUAUGAGCCUCACUUUGACCAUGCAACAUCGCCUUCAAGUCCUGUGUUCAGGCUGAAGACUGGGAAUCGAGUGGCAACCUUCAUGAUUUAUCUCAGCCCUGUCGAGGCAGGUGGGUCCACAGCCUUCAUCUACGCCAACUUCAGCGUUCCGGUCGUGGAGAAAGCUGCCAUUUUCUGGUGGAAUCUCCACAGAAAUGGUCAAGGAGAUGUGGACACGUUGCAUGCUGGCUGUCCUGUGCUCAUUGGAGACAAAUGGGUUGCAAACAAAUGGAUCCAUGAGCAUGGCCAGGAGUUCCAACAUCGCUGCAGCCUGAAUCCUGAAGAGUGAGAGGGGUGGAGCGAUAGCUGGGCCCCUUUUUUGGAGUACAAGAGCCAGCCUCUACAAUUGAGAGGCACACUUGCGGGUGGAGAGAAGGAGGGAGCCAGAAAGUGAGCACACAGGCAGGGGAGGCGAAAGCUGUUAUGGGGCAGCCUGCGUCUGUGAUUGGAGCCCCGGGCCCCAGGGAGCCUGAAGCAUACAGUGCUGGAGUGGACACAGACGAGAGGCGGGGUAGAAGAGGACUGGGGCAGUUGGCAAUCAGCCCCCAGAGGCCAAACGCUCUCCUGCUCCUACUGGCCAGUUCCUGCAGAUGGAGAGAGGCCUCUGCCUUCACACACUGUGCUGGUUUCACUUAACUGUGCAGGGCUGUUUGCCUCCUUGCUCAAAAACUGACAUGUUGCAGCCCACACUGGGCCCACUCAAGGGUUUGUCAUUACAAAUCAACACUGAUGUACUUUGCGCACACAAAGACACCUAACGUGCCUGAAUCACAGUACACAGUGUUUAACGUGAUGCACAAAGCAACUAGAAUUUUCUAUGUUAUGUAAUGUUGCAGCCAAAAAUAAAAUGCUGUUUUUGUUUGAAUGUUCAAAUGAAUUUAAAUGUGAUUACGCUUCCAUGAAGUGCUGGAACAAGCAAACACAGAGCAUUGUUGUACUAGUUUUAGGACUUUAAAGGCAAUGUCUGUGUUCAACAAUGCAGAUUAACAACAUGGAUUUGGGUUGAAGUCAUUCUGUAAUGGGUUAUCUCAGACCUCAGGACUGCAGUUCAGACUGGUGCUAUGAGUCAAAGGAACCAGUCAUUGUGAGUGUGCCUGUUUAUUCCCAGCUGACUGGACGAUGUGGUCAUUGCUUCCUGUGGGAGACUCUUUCAAUAACUGGCUGUAUAAUGGAACAGAUGAACCAGAUCUGUCAGCCUCUUAUUGAGCUCCAAAAGGCUGGUCGUCAUUACUCACGCUCUGCACGCCAAGUGAUUGGGAACACGUCUGCUCCUAACUUCAUGUCUGAACUCACACAACCAAUCUAUCUGCAUACCAAUCAGAUAUGUGAGAUUUCUGUGCCUAAGUAGGUCAUAACCCAUCUUAAAGCAGAGUGAGAAAGACCAUACACAGUAUUAAGAGCUUGUGCAAUAAGGUACUUUUAUAUGUGACCUUUUUGGGGGGCAUUCUGCAGAUUGAAUAAAGGGAUCUGUGGGGGUGACAGAGGAAUAAUACCUCUGCUCCGUCACAGUGAUAAAUGUUUUCUUUCCAGCUCCCCACAGUGUACACAAACAGACAUGCUCCUAAUGCACACACUGACACACGGAAAAUAUAAGCAGGGGCUGUAUACUGGAUGCAUAUUGCACAUUCCUGUGUGCACACUAAACAGCAGGACUUGAUUAUUUCCCCUUGGAAUUGACAGAUAGCAAGACGCUGCUUUUCUGAAGCUCUAAUCAGUUUCAUUGCAAGUAUCCAUGCCAUUAAAAACACAGUUAUACCUACUUUUGGACUCAAAACAGUUGAAACCACAAGUUUAUUUAAUU